CGUUCGACCAGCAUUGGAUUGAGAGAGCUCCAACUCCGUCCAAUGCUCUGCUUCUCCUCCAACGUUGCCCUCCUCUCAAACCCUAACCCUAAUCCCAAUCCCUUCUUCGCUUGGAGGCGACGGGUUUUCGCCGUCACCUGCGCCGUUGAUCCCAACGCCAUUACGCCAUCUCCAACGCCGGAGCUCGAAAUCCAUCCCCUUUCUCGGCGGCAAAACCAACUCCUCAUCCUUGAUCCAGAUUCCCAAACCAAACCGAGGACCAACUCCCAUGGCUGCCAAGAAACGGAGGAGGACCUUAUCAAGAAGAAGGUGAUCGAGGAGGUGUCGCUUGCGACCCGAAGAAUCCCUAGGUUCCCCGGCGCCAUUGAUCGUCCGGAUACCCAGCGCCUUGGGCCGCCUCCUGACCUUCGGAGAGUUCUGUCUGGCAAUGACCGUACCCUGAAGCAGGCCCUCGAGGUUCGCCGUGGGGUUGCUGCCGAAACCCUAAAGUUCGCCUUGCGAGCUGGAAAGCUUAGUAUCAGGUACUCUGAUAAUCUUGUGUCAAAGCUCCCCGGUUUUGUUGAUCGUGUGGUGAUCGGCGCAGCGGCCAUGAAGGAAAACCCUGAGCUUGCGCACCUCUCGUUCAAUGCUCGCGCAAAGAAGUACAUCCAGGACUCUGGAGUUGUCGCGCUUGUCAAAUGGUUGAAGCAUAAUUCAAUGACAUACCCGCAAAUAGGGAAGCUUUUGUGCAUGAGUUCAGGAGACCUUGAGCCAGUGAGGGAACUUGUGGAGUGGUUGAAAUCAAUCUAUGUAAAGGGGAUGUGUCUUGGUGGUGUGGUUACAAAGGCUGGCCCCAUUUGGGAACGCAAUUUGGAAGAGUUGGAAGAGAUUGUUAAUUUUCUUGAGAAGAAAAGGGUGAGGAAGGAAUGGAUUGGUUAUGUGGUUAGUCGGUGCCCACAAUUGCUUGGUAUGACGAUGGAUGAGUUGAAGAUCCGAGUGAGGUUUUAUUUGGACAUGGGCAUGAGUGAUAAUGACUUUGGCACAAUGGUGUUUGAUUAUCCUAGGGCAUUGGGGUACUAUAGUAUAGAGGAAAUGCAUAGUAAGGUUAAUUAUCUUAAGGAGUUUGGCUUAACAACUGAGGAUGUUGGACGGCUAUUGGCCUUUAAGCCACAGCUAAUGGCCUGCAGCAUUGAGGAAAGGUGGAAGCCACUUGUGAAGUACUUAUAUUACCUUGGUAUUCGUCGAGAUGGCAUGAGGAGAAUGCUAUUAGUGAGGCCUGUGAUUUUCUGUGUCAAUAUAGAGACUAUGAUUGCUCCAAAGGUUCGAUUUUUGCAAGAUAUAGGUAUCAAAGAAGAAGCCAUUGGUGGUGUCCUUGUGAAGUUCCCAGCCUUGCUAACAUAUAGCCUUUACAAGAAAAUUCGCCCUGUGGUUAUUUUCUUGAUGACAAAAGCUGGUGUUACAAAGGAAGAUAUUGGCAAGGUUAUUGCAUUAGACCCACCACUUGUGGGCUGCAGUAUCACAAAAAAGCUGGAUGUUAAUGUGAAGUAUUUCCUAUCAUUGGGAAUUCGUCUUCGUCCCCUAGGUGCAAUGAUCGCUGACUUUCCAAUGCUACUUAGAUACAACUUGGAUAUCCUUCGUCCUAAAUAUAUAUACUUGCGAAGAACUAUGGUUAGGCCUUUGCGUGAUCUUAUUGAGUUUCCAAGGUUUUUUAGUUAUUCCCUAGAGGGAAGGAUAAUUCCGAGGCACAAGAUCCUGGUGUCAAACAGAAUAAACUUUAAGCUGCGGUACAUGCUGGCAAGCACGGAUGAAGACUUCAAUCGAAGAGUGCAUGAAGCUGUUGAACGACGACAAAGAUUUGAAUCUGGCGCAAAAGAUGAUGAUCACUCUUGUUGUGACACACCUGAUGAUGCAGAGACCAACAGUAGUAUCCUGGUCUCACCUCAAUGAGUAAGUGUGUUGGUGCUGAACUUUUGUACACCAGUUCGACACCAACUGAACACACUGGUGAGCCAGGAACUGAAUAACGCUGAAAGCUAAGUCUAUCACGAUAUCAUUAAUUCUUAAAUUCGGGUUAUCAGGCUCUCUGAAAACCAACCAUCGGCUUAUGAUCACUGUGCCAGUAGUCAUCUUCAUCAACGUGCUCCAUUGAUUCUCCAUUCUCUACAUUGUUCGUAAACAAAAUAUUGUGUGUAUAAUCUCAUAUUCUCACAUUUGCAGUCAGAGGAGCUUUGUAUCAUGAUCAAUCUUUGAUGAUUUGUAUAAUCACUUGUUUGCUUCGUAGUUGAGCACUUUGUAUAGUGCAUUGUUUCUUA